CAGCACAAGCUGUCAAAAUUCGAGCAGAUAUUGAAGUGGCUUGUUACAGUUAUGAAGGCAUCGAUGCCAUAAAAGAAGCCCUGAGAGCAGGUUUGACUUGUUCUACAGAAACCAUGCCCAUCAAGAUUAAUCUAAUAGCUCCUCCUCGGUAUGUGAUGACUACAACAACCCUGGAGAGAACAGAAGCCCUCUCUGUUCUCAAUCAAGCUAUGGCUGUUAUUAAAGAAAAGAUUGAGGAAAAGAGGGGUGUCUUCAAUGUUCAAAUGGAGCCUAAAGUGGUCACAGAUACAGAAGAGACCGAACUUGCAAGGCAGCUUGAGAGGCUUGAAAGAGAGAAUGCAGAAGUGGAUGGAGAUGAUGAUGCAGAAGAAAUGGAAGUCAAAGCUGAAGAUUAACUUUGUGGCAAA